UUAUCUUUUUUCAAAUCGUAAAAAAGAAUAUCCACCCAAUCAUUUAUUCUUAGGUUUGCAUCCAUUUUUGCCAAAACCCCACCUCCCACCACACAUAUAUCAUCAUCAUUAUUUGCCUUUGUGCCAAACCUAACAUUUCCUUUUCUUUUCUCUCUUUGGGUGUGCUUUUUAGGUGUUGGGUAUUUGUGGGUCAUUCUUACUUCUUUCUUUUGCAAAAGAACUUGAACCAAAAUGGGGAGAAAAUGCUCACAUUGUGGAAACAUAGGCCACAAUUCAAGAACUUGCACUAGUUAUAAUAGAGGCAAUGUCAAUAGCACAAUCUUGAUAGGUGGGGGUGGUGGAGGGGGAUUGAGGCUCUUUGGGGUUCAACUAGACACACCACACUCUAUGGUCAUUAAGAAAUGCCUUAGCAUGGAUUGUUUGCCUUCUUCAUCACUACUACAAGCUUCAACUUCACAUUCACCUUCAUCUUCCUUAUCUUCUUCUCGGGUGUCCGUUAGCGACCUCAAGAGUAUGUCAGUUGGUUAUGUUUCAGAUGGUCUUAGAGCUCAAGAACGGAAAAAAGGCUUUCCUUGGUCGGAAGAUGAACACCGUCUAUUUCUAACUGGUCUUGAAAAGCUUGGGAAAGGUGAUUGGAGAGGGAUUUCAAGGAACUAUGUGACCACAAGAACACCUACACAAGUUGCAAGUCAUGCCCAAAAGUACUUUCUAAGGCAGGCUAGUCUUGUCAAGAAGAAACGUCGUUCGAGCCUCUUUGAUUUGGGAAGGGGCAACAGCAACAAGAAUGUAGUAGCAAAUCAAGAAAAUAGUUACAAUAUGAGUCGAACAAACUCCUUUGAUGAAGGUCAUCAAGAUCGGAGUAACAAUCUUUCUUUGAUAGAUUUCAGUUCACUAAAACAAGAAAAUGUCUACUACAAUCCAACAGUCAAAUCCUAUGAAACAACAUCAAUGUGUUCACAUGUGCAUGCUUCUCCGUGUGGUACUAUUGGCUCUAAAAGUGGUACUCUUGAUUUAGAACUUACACUUGCUGCUCCAAAGCCGGUGGAAAGUAACAAGUCAUCUGCUACUUCUUCACUCCAAAUUGGGCCAAUUAUCAGUGUAAUUUAAUUUGAGUUUAAAUUAACCUUUUUUGUAUGCUAAAAAAAUCUAAUUACUAAAUAUUGUAGAUAUAUAUAAUUUUCUUUUGAAUUUUGAGACCUUCGACAACUUGGCCCGGUUAGAAUAAGACAUUUUUGUAACUACAAAUAUACAUAUAUGUAUAUAUAUUACCCUAUUAAAUUAGGGUUUAAUUGGCGUGAGCAGAAAUUCUCUUUGUAUCAUCGGUAU